CUCAAGCCACCGCCUGCACAACUCCAAUUCAUCGGUCGAUGCUCUCACUCCGGUCAUGCUGUUACAGUUUGACUCACUCAACUCUCUCUCACCAUCUCAAAAUCUAUCUAAACCUCUCUCCUUCCCUCUGCGCCGUCUCUCUCUCCUCCCCAAAACCCUUCUCUUUCAAACUCAUCUUGUCCCCUAACCAUACACCUAAAUCCACGAUGUCAUCCCGCCCCUCCGCCUUCGACGUCCUCAUGUCAAACGCUUCGAAGAAAAAAGCCCAAUCCCAAACUCAACAAUCGUCACCCAAGAAACGGAAAACCCUAGAAUCAAACACAACCAAUCAAAACCCUAGGAAAACCCAAACACCCAAUUCAGAAACCCAACUCCUAAAUGAACCCAAAUUAGAUGGAAAAGAGCCUAACUGUUCAAAUUCUAAGCCAAUUGAAGAAACCCGCGUUGCAAAUGGGUCAAAAGAUGAUCAGCAAACCCCUAAAUUGGACGUUAAGAAACGGAGGUUGAUUAGUGCCCAUGACAGUAUUGUGGAAUUGAAAAAGAAGGCGGCUAAUUUUAGCCCCCAAAAGGCUGCGUUUUGGGGGGAGGGUGACAAGGUGCCGUUUUUAUUUCUUGUUAAGGUAUUUGAUGCGAUUUCAAAGGAAUCAGGUCGGAUUGCUAUAACGGAAAUGGUGUGCAAUAUGUUGAGGACUGUGAUUCAGAUGACACCCGAGGAUCUGGUUGCAGUUGUGUAUCUUUCGGCAAAUAGGAUUGCGCCGGCUCAUGAAGGGUUGGAGCUUGGCAUUGGGGAUGCUUCGAUUAUUAAGGCCCUUGCAGAGGCUUGCGGAACCAAGGACACGCAAAUUAAGAAGCAAUACAAGGAAUUAGGAGACUUAGGCCUUGUUGCAAAAGCAAGCCGUUCAUCCCAGCCUCUAAUGCGAAAACCAGAAGUACUGACCAUUGCCAAGGUUUUUGAUACAUUUCGGCUGAUUGCCAAGAGGAUAGAGGAAUCUGGCAAGGACAGUCAAGAGAAGAAAAAGAACCAUAUCAAGGCCCUUCUUGUUGCAGCCACUGAUUGUGAACCUCAAUAUUUAAUUCGUCUACUCCAGACAAAAUUGCGGAUUGGUUUGGCAGAGCAAACCCUCUUAGCUGCGCUUGGCCAUGCUGCUGUGUAUACUGAAAAACAUUCUUCAUCUCCUCCAGACAUAAAUUCUCCACUAGAAGAGGCCGCGAAGAUUGUAAAACAAGUUUACUCCGUAAUUCCAGUCUAUGACAAAAUAGUCUCUGCUCUUCUUACUGGCGGUGUAUGGAAUCUUGCAAAGACAUGCAGCUUUUCACCUGGUAUCCCUGUUGGACCUAUGCUAGCAAAACCAACUAAAGGGGUAUCUGAAAUUGUAGAUAAGUUUCAGGAUAUGGAAUUCACCUGUGAAUACAAGUAUGAUGGAGAACGUGCUCAGAUACACUACAUGGAGAAUGGUUCAGUUGAGAUAUACAGUCGAAAUGCUGAGCGAAACACUGGAAAGUUUCCUGAUGUCAUUGCUGCUGUUUCAAGAUUGAAGAAAUCAUCUGUAACAUCAUUUGUUCUCGAUUGUGAACUUGUUGCAUAUGACCGCGAGAAACAGAAAAUCCUGCCCUUCCAGAUCCUCAGUACACGUGCUCGUAAAAAUGUUGUCAUGAGUGACAUUAAGGUUGAUGUCUGCAUAUUUGCUUUUGAUAUCUUGUAUCUUGAUGGCCAACCACUUCUACAAGAGCAGCUUGACGCUCGUAGAGAGCAUCUUUACAAUUCAUUUGAGGAAGAACCCGGUUUUCUUCAGUUUGCAACAGCAAUAACAUCAAAUGAUCUUGAGGAAAUACAAAAAUUCCUUGAAGCUGCUGUUGAUUCCAGGUAUUGGUCGAUGUUCUUGACCUGA